AUGUUCAGAGAUAAAUACCAGGCAGGUUUCUUAAAUCUUUUUUACUCAGUUGGUUCAAAGCCACUUAGUAUCUGGGAACAGCACGUUGAAAAUGGCUAUAUCAAAAGACUAACAGAUCCAGAUAUUAGAUCUUGCGUUCUUGAAAUCGUUAGCACAACUGUUAACAAUACAUACAUCACAUGCCCAAUCGACCCAAAGGAAGAAUUGGCCAUCAAACUUCCUUUCUUGGUUUUAGUCUUAAAGUACCUUAAAAAGUACUUUACGUUCGAAAUCCAAGUUCUUGAUGAUAUGAACAUGAGACGCCGCUUCCGUGCAUCUAACUUCCAGUCAAAGACUCGUGUUAAACCGUUUGUUUGCACUCUCCCAAUGAGACUUGAUCCUGGUUGGAACCAAAUUCAAUUCAACUUAAGUGAUUUUACUCGUCGUGCAUAUGGUACUAACUACAUCGAAACACUCCGUGUCUCUGUUUAUGCAAACUGUCGUGUAAGACGUAUUUACUUCUCAGAUAGACUCUAUACAGAAGAUGAAGUACCUCCGGAAUACAGACUUAUUCCAACAAAGCCAGAGGGCGAAGAAUAA